CUGGUGGGGACGUCGGGAAACCCCGGCGGCGGAGGACUACUUUACAAUUUGCCUGUAAUUGAAGAUGCCUGCUAUCCACCAUUACCAAGUCGUCGGCCGCAAGGCUCCCACCGAGACCGACCCCAACCCUCCUGCGUUCCGCAUGAAGUUGUUCGCCCCUAACGAGGUGUUGGCCAAGUCCCGCUUCUGGUACUUCUUGCACCAAAUGAAGAAGAUGAAGAAGACGACUGGUGAAAUCUUGAGCGUCAACGAGCUCCGUGAAAAGAACAAGCGCAUCGUCAAGAACUACGGUGUGUGGAUCCGCUACAACUCCCGUUCCGGCACCCACAACAUGUACAAGGAAUACCGUGAUGUGACGUUGAACUCGGCGAUCGAGCAAUUGUACGCCGAAUUGGCCGGUCGCCAUCGCGCCCGCCCGCGUUCGAUCCAAAUCAUGCGCACCGCCAUCUUGGCUGCCAAGGACUGCAAGAAGCCCAACACGUUGCAAUACCACAACAGCGCGAUCAAGUUCCCCUUGUCGCACCGCGUGCCUCGUCCUUCGCUCAAGAAGUUCCGCACCAUCUUCAAGGCCAACCGCCCCAGCACUUUCCGCAACUAAGCGGAUUCUGGAACCGUUGUUGGACCUCGUUAAGAUGUGUCUUAGCAGUGUCUUCGAGAUAUGAGAAUGUAAUACCAACCACCUUCUCAGGGC